AUGAAGCCAAAGCUUAGCCUUCUUUGGCUCCUCUCCGUGGUGGCUCUUCUCUUCACUGGUUUUGAGCUUUCCGUUUCCCAUGGCGCCGAGUUUAAAGCUGACUCGGCCAUGUGCAAUGUGUCGAUAGUGGAAUGCCAGGUGUUGGAGGAGUUCUUGCUUGACUCAGAGAUGAACCGGCGGUUUUUAGCGCAAAGCAGUGGGAUUGGAUAUGGAUCGCUUAAUCCAGAUCGACCGGUCUGCGAGCCAGGCCGGGGCCAGCCCUACGGCAGGUGCUUGCCACCCAAGUCUAAUCCGCCCCACCGAGGCUGUGAGGGUAUUUACCAUUGUCGUGGUGGUAAUUGA